CUUAAUUGAAAAUAUUGAAAUAAAAGGAUGGUCGUGUUGCUGGUUUGACAUGCGGUGCAAAGAUGUGGCGAGACUGGUUAUGGAUGUUAGCGUGGAACCCGUCACUUCCUUGUGUUUCAAGACUGGGAAUGAAGAUAUGAUUUAUGCUUCCUCAGGAACAGAAAUCAAGUGUUUUGAUGUGCGUCUGGCCACCAAAGAAUGGAAGUCACUGGAGAAUUAUAAUUAUAACAAAGAGGAGAUAAACAAGGUUGUAUGCAACUUGAAAUCCUCAUUUCUUGCUGCAGCUGAUGAUAUUGGUGAGGUGAAGGUAUGCUUCAUAUUUAUUCAAUAUGUGUUGUCUGAUUUCUCCUAUGCAAUACCACAUAUAUCAGUUGUUAUGAGCUAUCCUUUCAUAUUUGGUACUUUGAUUGGGAUCAUCAUGACCUUUGGAGUUUGGACACCUGAAAUUUCUUUGAUUUCCUGUUGGUGAUAUUCACCAAGUUUUCUUACUCUAUUCUCUCAUUAAACAAAAACAUAAAAGUUAGGUUAUACUUUCUUGAG